AGUAUAGUUUCCAACAGAUUUGUCGCUAAGGAAACUCUCUAUAAUAAUCAUCAACCGACUUUAGUGACAUUAGAAAAGCUGCUGAAAAAAGUACUGUCUGAUUUUUAACGUUGCUUUUAAACAGAUUAACUGUAUGGAAAAUCACAUGCACGGGUCAACUGUCUUAACUGUUUACAUUACCUAGACUUACUGUUAAGUUUUUAGUUUUAAUACUUCCUAAAGCAUCGACAUUUAUCAUCGACUAUUUAGAGACACGGCUGUCUAUGGUAAUGGUAAAUAAUCACCGGCAUUACUGGCUAACCGUUAAAAGCUCGAAGAAAACCAAAAACUAACGGGAAACGGGACUCAGGUAAGGUUCAGGUUCCAUUUUCAAAAAGCCGUCGCGCCCCACUCUUGAAAAGCGAAGGUUUUAUUACGUGGGGAGGCGCUCGCGCACGCCAGUCGCAGCCAGUCGCCCGCUCGCCGUCGCAAGCGCCGCACGCGCCGCGCGGCAAUAGUUUUCCUUUACACACGGAAAAAUUGUGUCGCGAGUGCGUUUGAACCUUUAAAAAAGACCCUGUGCCCAUUCACCCAAUGAAGGAUUAUGUGCAUGGCUGACAAGUGUUUCGACUGUGAUUUUCUGUACGUCAGUGCUCCCGGUCCUCCCUCUCUCCGUUAACCCUUACACGAUUCAGCAUGGAGUCGACGCCGCAGCUGUCGGCCCACUGGCUGUCCGCAUUCGUUCUUCUCUGCUCAUUCUUCUCCACUCACACGCUUAACACUAAGAUCCAUGAGCACAUGACAGCCGACGAGUUACGAAACGUUUUCCACGUGGAGCACCACUCGAUGGUGCCGGAGUACCACCUGGUGCAGCUCACACACCACCUCGCUCGACGGCACGUGGCCCCCAACCACCACACCAACUCACUCACACCGGGAAACACCAAGAUCCCACACGAGAAAACAACAAAGCAUCAGUGGAAGACUGGUACCAGCCCACCAUCCUUACUGAACGAUGAAAUGUUUGUUAAAGCGAAAGAAAAUAUCAAAGACGUUGAUAUUAUUGGAGAUUUGAAUAGCACAGUGAGUGUUACCUUCGAUGUGACGAACUCCAGUGAAGUCAGUGAUAGUGCAAGUGUUCUAAGUGAUCUGGAGAGGUUAGUCCAGGGGCAGGAGUUGGAUGUGCACAAGAUAGACCUGGAGGCGUUCGGGAGGCAGCUCAAACUGGUGCUGAAGAAACAGGAGGGUCUGAUCAAGAAGGAUGGCUUGAGGAUAUGGAAGGCCCAUCAGAAUGAGACGCAACCCCAUGGAGUGGACUAUGAAGAAUUACUUACGGAGGACGGUGAAGACGUCGGAGACCUGUACCAAGACGAGGAGAACGGAGCUGCGCUGCUCAUCCGGCGGCAUCCGAAACAUGGCAAGCUUGUUGUGGAGGGUUCAAUUGGGCAUGACCUGGUGAUCCGCCCGAUCCCGGACUCGAUGACGGCGGCCGCGCAGGACGACGAGAUGUUCAUGGACCCCUCCAGCAUGGCCGACAUGGUCUCUAUCGAUACUGGACUGCCUCUACUAAAAAGAAAAAAAGAAGACCAGGAGAGAUUGAAGCGCGCUCUAAAUGGCGCCCAACACGUCAUCAUCAAGAGAGAUCCCGCGCAAAUGGAUCACGAAAGUGACUACGCAUUCAUGGAGCCAGAUCACCUCGGCAAGCGGUUCAGGAGGAAACGCUCGACGGAGGCGCACUCCAGGAGGAAGCGAGAGGCGCCCUACGUUAUCUACCCAGAGAUAUUGGUUAUCGUUGACUACGAUGGAUACAGACUGCACGGAGGCGACAACGUUCAGAUCAAGCGUUACUUCGUGUCGUUUUGGAACGGCGUGGACCUCCGGUACAAACUUCUCAAGGGUCCCAGAAUACGGAUAUCCAUUGCCGGUAUCAUUAUUUCUAGGGGUCGGGAUGCUACUCCAUACCUAGAAAGGAAUCGUGUGGGACGCGACGCUAUAGACUCGGCAGCUGCGCUCACUGACAUGGGCAAGUAUCUGUUCAGAGAGCGACGCCUGCCAGUCUACGACAUCGCCGUAGCCAUCACCAAACUAGACAUGUGCAGAAGACAAUUUCCCAACGAUGCGUGCAAUAGAGGGACAGCAGGGUUUGCGUACGUCGGCGGCGCGUGCGUCGUGAACAAGCGACUGGAGAAGGUCAACUCUGUCGCUAUCAUUGAGGACACUGGCGGCUUCUCUGGCAUCAUCGUAGCUGCUCAUGAAGUCGGACAUCUGCUGGGCGCGGUCCACGACGGCAGCCCCCCGCCCUCGUACCUGGGCGGGCCGGGCGCCGAGAAGUGUCGCUGGGAGGACGGGUACAUCAUGUCAGAUCUGCGACACACCGAGAAGGGAUUCCGCUGGUCCGCCUGCAGUGUGCAGAGCUUCCAUCACUUCUUGAACGGCGACACGGCCACGUGCCUGUACAACUCCCCGCACGAGGACGACUCGCUCCCGCGCGUGCUGCCGGGCCGCCUGCUCACGCUGGACGCGCAGUGCAGGAAGGACAGGGGCACCAGCGCAUGUUUCAAAGAUGAGCGUGUGUGCGCUCAGCUGUUCUGUUUCGACGCGGCGAGCGGCUACUGCGUGGCCUACAGGCCCGCCGCCGAGGGCUCGCCUUGUGGCGAUGGACAGUACUGCAUAAACGGGCGGUGUAUAACCGAGCACGAGAACAUAAUCCCGGACUACUCGCAGCACACGCCCAGCUACGUGCGACCAGACACCAGCCCGUUCUUCGGAAAUGUCACCAGUAACGAUGGAACGACACAGCCGUACGUACCUAGCACACCGGCGCCAACGCAAACACCAAAAUACUACAAAAUGACAACAGAUCACACAACUACAACAACAACAACUACAACUAUAAAAACAACCGAGAAACCAUUCUUCCAGUUCACUACAAGAAAGCCAUUCCACUUCUUCACUGCCAAGACGACGGCACAAUCUCCGACUACCGUCACUCAGCCACCAACUAACAAAUACUCGAUAACGUCAACGAAAAGUCCUUACGACUUCAAAGACUUCACAACGAAGCCGACAGUCACGGAGAAACGCGGCUUCUAUAAAAAGGAGGACUUUGACGGCUUCUUUAGACGAUCGACUACGAAAAGUCCGUAUCAAGACAAGAACAUUAAGCCGGUGUUUAAGAUAGGAACUUACUAUUCGCAAGCGAAGUCUAGUGAUAACUCGAUAAGGCCUGACGCUAAUUCUCAGCAAGUGCAGAUUGAGCCGGCGAGGUUAGUGUUUUCCUAUGGCAGGAAUCUAACGACCGGCGAAAUAGUACAACAUUAGGUUGCCAAUUUAUUGCAGCCGCCAUUAACAAAUAGAGCGGGCCAAGCCUUGAAGACUGUCUCGCUGGAGCGAGCCUCAGAGCUCCAGCCUCCCUAGAGAUCGUGACCCGCGCACUACCCGUAGAACAACGAAUCACCUCUGUUAACUAUAACUUUACCCCCCAAUACUCGAAUAGUUCUAAUAGAAUCUCGAAAUAAGUCUGUAAUAAGGACAAGCAGACGUGAAUAUUUGCUUGUUUUUAUUCCGUAUCAGGCGGGAGUGUGCGAGCAGUGUGUGAAACAAAACGCGUCCGAAGACAAUGCUUUAUGAAAGUGUCGGCCGCAGUUCCGUGAGUGAUAUUACAAUGUGAUUGUGUUAUUAAUGAACUUAUAAGUACACUAGAAUAUUAGAAACGUUGCGAGCAGAAUAGUCCAAGUGUCCUGCGCUCGAUUUCCCGAUGGAAAACGAUAGAAAUACUCCUAGGUUUGAGUUAAAAAGGUUGUAAAAGAUCAAUUAUGUUACAUAAAAGAAACUGCCACGAAGUGCCUUUUAUACAGUAAUUUUUAAGAAAUGUUAAGUAAGAUUUAUUUUUUUAAUAUUUUUUUUUUGUUUAAAAACUGACUUCAAGAGCGACUGGUUCGCGGUCUUCUGAAAUUAGGUUUACUCUUAAUUUAAGUAAAUUUUACAAAACUUAAAUUGGUUUCUAUCUACAAUGAAAUUUCAAUUUUGUUAUAAUUUAAGCUGUUUUUAAUGUCUAAAAUUAUUUAUGAUGAGAUAUUAAAUCUUUGAUAAAGUUACCAAUAGCGUAAAAAAUCUUCAAAUUUAUUUUGGUUUUAUGGAACAUUCCUUUAGGAGACUCAGUGAUAUAGUAACAAUGACAUCACUUGCCGUCGAUAUAACUAUUUAUUGUAUUCAAACUAUUUAUGUAUUAAUUCACUAUUCUUAUCCAAAACUGUCUAAAUUGUAAGGAAAAAUAUAGAAAAUAACGAAUAUAACGGG